GCAGAAUCAACAGCGGCUUGUCUUCGUUGCGCUCACGUAAUUUCGCCAGAGGAAUCGUUAGUAUUCUUUUGCUAUUUCGCAAAAAUCAUGCCGUCGUGCGGUCUCCUCUCCGUGAAGAUUGUUUUCCUGCCACUGUUCAAUGCACUCCUUGCGCAGUCGCUAUCUACUACUUCCCAACCAGAACUGAUACAACCUUCGCGGGAGGACCAUGACAAUAUCGGUCCUCAAGUAGAACGAGUACCAGACGAGCAGCAAAACGUGAUGAAGACGUCGGGUAUUUCCUCUGUAGUAUCUUCACAGCACCAGAUUCUGGGUUCACCACCUCGGGCCGAUGUAAAAUUGCGCAAAAGUGGAUUGUACGAAGAACAGGAACACCAGCGGCAAAGAACAACAACACACGGCACCAGUGCAGGUGGUGAAGAUUUUAAGUACGGGGAGAACAAGACUAAACGGAAGGCGACGGGUCGUUCAUCGGCACUAAUAGAAGCUUUGAGAUCUACUUCGAAGUUGCCAGCACCAACACAAGCCGUGAAUAAAACUAAAAGCAACCUGGUCCGCCGUGAAAUUCAGUACAACGAAGAGGUGGAGGGGGAGGAUGGGAGUGAUGGGAGUGCUCUAUUCCACCUACGGCCCGCCGCUGAUGCAGGAGCAGAUCGCAACAUCACAAAGCAGGGAUUUGCUUCAUCUGCUUCAUCUGGCCAGAGACGACCAAGAACACCUCCACGUACACAUCUUCGUGGGGACGAUGCUAGUCAUGCUUUUCUAGAAGAUGAGACGCGAAACGCGGAGGUAGAAGAACCACUGCAUGAUGUGCAUCUCGUGAGAAAAUCCAAAUCCUCCGAGAGUUUUGACGUGGAUGACGAAGCGGUGGGAGAACAACGGCCGGGCGAGAAGGAACAUACUGGACAGGAACAAGAAAUGGAGGACGCGGCUGGGCAGGAUGCCCAUGAUCUACCACUACAUCUACAUCUUCCACGAACGACUGAAAGAAGUGCAAGUACUCCUGGCAGGAUGAAAUUCUUCGACGAGAAAGACAACAUCUUUUCCCGCGGUAACGAAACGACGUUCCUGGAGAACUACGCUCAGCGAGGACGUCAACAGCAACAUCUACAUCGUAACACAGAGAGUAAAGAGACACUGUCAACGUCAAUGUCUGCAAGUGGGUUCUGCGAUGCCAGCGAGCGGAUGGCGGACACCAAUGCGGAGCAAUACACCUGUUAUCGCACGAAAAGUAAAUGUUGGACCAUGGAUAAGUACACCUGUCAUCGUUUCACCGUGGAACUGUAAGUAUGCAGCAUCUGCAAGAACUACACACAGCUGCCUUCCUGAUGCAUCAAAAUGCAGCAAAAUCAAAAUGUUUUUUUUUUGAGGUGUCCGUGCUCUUCCCGAUGACCAUGACAAUACGUAGAGUGCGCGAAGCAGAUUUUUUGGGUCAUCUGCGACACAAACUUGUCAUUGUCCACGGCCGUCGCGCCACAGGGACGUCCUACCCGUAGAUCAGCAAUGUCAUCGUCACGCAAGACAUCCAAUAUCCUAAAGUUAACAACAUUUUUUUCCGUGGGAUGCCCUUGCUGACAGCAGCAAUAAAGAUUGUUAUCUUGUUAUCCUGUGUACUUAUGAACGUACCCGCCCAACAGGUAUAGUGAGAGUCCGGACAGAAUUUCUGCAUACACAGAUUCACCAGGUUUGGGAGUUGCGCAUGACAAAUUUAGCAAUGCAGUGUAGAAGUCGUCCCUGGCGAGGCUUAGACCAGCUGCAUCGCAAACCCGCUCUCUCGUCCUGUAUUUUGGGGCAUGACAUCGAUGACUUUGCAAACACGACUAAGUAGAAAUAAGUAAGUGCCUUCCAUCCAUGGCGAGGACGAGCUUGGUCGGUAGUAAUGUUGUUGGCAGGUAAUAAAUCUCUGCGCCGGGUACGUUUUCACUCAUGAUACUUGUGUGGCAUGUCGACCUUGAAGAUUUUCAACGCAAGGAAAGUGAGGGCAACUCCGUGGGGAAGGAAUGCCUCCUCAGUUCACCAAUGUACGAUGCGUCUCAGAGCUCCAGCACGAAAAACGUAGCGGCAGAUUACACCUUUGCUGCAUCUGCCCCCGGCGCGGACGUCGGGAGUGGGCUUUUUCAAUCGGAUACGCAUUGCCCAAUUUGUAUGUCUGUGUCUGGAUGCAAGAAUUGGGUUGCUUGUCUCGUUGUCGCAUAAUUGGUUUCAGCCUUGUAACUAACGCGUGUGCGCGAAAAGGUCGUGGACCUGGUCGACCUCUUGGCCGUCAUACAAAAACACGGUGUGCCUUUUUCGCGGAAGCUGCAACACCGAGCCGCUUAACACCUUCGCGGAUCGGUUGCUGUGUGAUAUAGUAUAACCGCAGUAGGUGUAGGCUGAUCAUUCACAGCCCUUUUUUUUUGCUGACCCAGAUCCAGAGAGACCUAUUUGUUUCCAGUCGAUAUCCGAAGAGGAGUGCAGAACACAUUGCGACACGAUCCGGGGCUGCAACUUCUACGCCACCUAUGCAGUCCCGGACUGGACAGAUUCCAAUGACCAAUUUCAUUUUGGUGGUGUGGCAUGUUCUUUAUUCAAUCGGUGUCCUUGCGCGAACGGCGGAAGCAGGUGCACCAUGUACAAACACGCCAGUAUCCAACAAAAAAAGUGAUGAUGUUACAAUACAGUUACACAGUUAUUAUAACUUCAGCAACACGAUAAAGACAAACUUGCACAGCCCAGCGAGAACUUGCAUUGCAGAGAACAUAAGGGAAAGCACGCAAGGGAAAACACGCAGGCUUGCAGGCAUUUCCAGCAUGACAGCGGUGGCUUGUCUUGCUAGUUUUACAUCACAGCGCGUUACUGUAACAAUUUGUUUUUUCUUCAUAGCCGAGUUCAAGACAUACAGGUGUUACAGUACGACCACAACGUCGACCACCUCAACGACAUAUCCGACAGAAAAAGUGUGUUUCGUCUAGCUUUUGUUGACAGAGAGAACAUCAGCAUCACAAAUGACAGAAAAAUGACCUGUCUUCGUCUAGCGUGGGAGCAAAAACUUGCGCUGCGCUGAUAGUAUCUGUGAAAACUAUCGCAGUUUUCUUCACCUGCGUGCCUUAAGUACAACUAGGCGCGCUUCCUGAACAGACCGUACAACGCGUAUUCAGAACGAUUACAGGCAUAGAAACAGACGUCUAACACGAAAUCUCCUUUUUGUAGUUCUGCAUUACAAAGUAAAAGUUCUCCACACUACACGACAGCACACUUUUUUCUUCAAUACGGCAAGCACGAGCACGACUACAACGACUACCAGUUCGACCACAAGUACCAGCAAGACAGUGACCACGACUCCCGCACCUGGAAAUAAUGCCACAGGAAACGACACUGCAAGUAGUCGAGAAGAGUCGGAAGAAGAUUCCAGCAGCGGAAAAACAACGAGCACUCCGGUAUCCUGAGCAAAAAUGUACCCACCCCAGAGUUGUCAUGCAGAUUUGCAGCUACUCCACAUGAGAGGCAUUUCCAAUCGCGUUUUGCGCUUUGUAAUGCUGUCGACAGGAUGAGUAGAUGGAUUUGUGUUGCGGCUGUGCUUGCUAAACUGCACUACAAUACAGAGACGAACUUGUCAUGCUGGACCCCCAAAACUUCUCGAUUUGUGUUGCGAGAUCCCCAGCUUGACUCUGGUGUGGGGACGUUUUUACAUGGGAUAUCCGGGCUCCUUUGUCUCACCGCAGAUGGUCAUCCUUGGCGCGGCAGGUGGAAUAGCAGUAGUCUACUACUUCUACGCACAACAGCAAGCGGGAGAAGCAGCACUGUAGGUGUUCAUCUAACUUCUUGGGGUCGUUGUCGGGGACAUCGUGUGAACUACAGGUGGAACAAACACCUUCCUGUGCCACUUGCUGUAUGUCAGGAGCUCGGACAUAGCACGACCGUGGACCACAUCGGCCUGACUUUGAUAUUCAACGCAUCAAGUAGAACAUGCCUGUGUGUGAUCAUCGUCACUCGACGGAUGCUUUCUUAUCGCUGCUAUAGUGUUGCAAAUCCUAGACCUUCCAAUGGCACAAUUUUUCAGCGUGAUCUUCAGAAACUGAUAAAGAUUGAUGCUCGCGGGAAGGUCAUGAUACACCGACCUGUCUUGCUGUUUGCUCCAUUGCCCUCAGUGGGUACUUCCCAU